AUGCUGGGACUCGCCAAGUCAGUGUUUCUGUUUCUCUCCGUCACUCUGUUCAUUCUGGGAAUGCUGGGGAAUGCUUUCAUUGGGUUGGUCAAUGUCAGCAGCUGGUUCAAGAGCAAGAGAAUCUCUUGGUCUGACUUCAUCCUCACUGCCCUCGCUCUCUCCAGGAUUGUUCUGCUGUGGAUUCUCCUGGCUGAUUCUAUCAUUGUGGUGUUCUUUUUCAACAUCUAUACUGAUGGUCCAGCAAGCAGUGUUAUUGAUGUUUUAUGGACAUUUACAAACCAUCUGAGCAUGUGGCUGGCCACCUGCCUUGGUGUCCUCUACUGCCUGAAAAUUGCCAGUUUCUCCCACCCCACGUUCCUCUGGCUCAAGUGGAGAGUCUCCAGGGUGGUCGUAUGGCUGCUGCUGGGUACACUGCUCAUAUCCUGUGCCAGUUCCAUAUCUCUGAUUCAUGAAUUUCAGAACUAUUCUCUUCUCCAUGAAACUCCUGGCAUAGGGAAUAUGACUGAGCACCUUAGAAAGCAAAUGGGUGAAUACCAGAUGGCCUAUGUGUUUAAGAUGCUGUGGUACCUCCCUUCUCUAAUUCUAUCUCUGGCCUCUUACAUUCUGCUGAUCCUCUCCCUGGGGAGGCACAUGCAGCAGAUGCGGCAAAACAGAACCAGCCCCAGCGAUGUAAGCACUGAGGCCCACAAGAGGGCCAUCAGAAUUAUCCUCUCAUUCCUCUUUCUCGUUCUGUCUUAUUUUCUUGCCUUUACAAUGACAUCAGCCAGUUAUUUCCUACCAAGCCAUGAGAUGGUGAAGUUCAUUGGACAAGUAAUUAUAAUGCUUUAUCCUGCUGGCCACUCAUUCAUUCUCAUUCUGGGGAACAACAAGCUGAAGCAGACCUUUGUGGAGCUGCUGUGGUGUGAGUCUGGUCACCUAAAGCCUGGAUCCGAAGGACCCCUUGCCCCAUAG